CAAUGAAGCCGAUCGACGAGACAACUUCUGUCUCGGGACGCUCAUUUACUACAAGCUAUUUAUAUCGUGCAUGUCACAUGACAUUACACAGUCAAAAUGGAGAACUUCGAACGCCUCGGUAGCAACCUGCAAAAAUACGUUUCCCAGUAUGGCGUUCCCACAGGUCUUACCGCUGCAUCCUUGGGAGUGCUGUUUUUUCUGAAGAAAUUUGGAAUACUUUAUCAGCUUUUCCAUAAGGUUGAUACAAACACCAAAAAACAUGGAGGGAUGCUUGUGGCAGAUGUGCUAAAGGCUCACAAUGUCAAGCAGGUGUUUUGCCUUGCCGGUGGCCAUAUCUCUCCCAUCCUCGUGUCGUGCGAGGACAUCGGAGUGCGGGUUGUGGACACCAGACAUGAGGUCACGGCCGUUUUUGCGGCGGAUGCAGUGGCAAGAAUGUCUGGCACCGUUGGUGUGGCUGCAGUUACAGCAGGGCCUGGCUGCACCAAUACCAUCACCGCCGUGAAGAAUGCCCAGAUGGCCGAGUCGCCGGUCCUGUUGAUCGGGGGAGCUGCAGCCACACUGCUUAAAAACCGUGGUGCCCUCCAAGACAUCGACCAGAUGUCGUUGUUCAAGCCACUGUGCAAGUUCUGCGCGUCUGUGACCCGAGUUCGCGACAUCGUCCCCACGCUGAGGAAAGCCCUUCACGCUGCCCAGUCUGGGACCCCCGGCCCUGUGUUCGUGGAGUUUCCCAUCGACGUCUUGUAUCCGUACUCGCUGGUCAAGAAGGAGGUGGGAAUAAAAGAACAAGGCCCGACCAGCCUGGGACAGAAAGUUGUCAACUGGUAUUUGGGGAACCACUUGGCUAACUUGUUCGCCGGAGCGUGGCAGAUCCGAGAUACAUCUCCUAUACCAUUGGACAUCCCUCAAGCCUCGCAGAGUCAGAUUCAGAAGUGCCAAGAGCUGAUUUCGCGGGCGAAGAAGCCGGUCGUCCUGGUGGGCAGUCAGGCCACCCUACCCCCAACACCUGUGGAGGACUUCCGCAAAGCUUUGGAGACGUUGGGCGUUCCUUGCUUCUUGGGUGGAAUGUCUCGCGGAUUGCUCGGUCGCCGCAGCGAGAUCCAAGCCAGACAGCGUAGGCGAGAUGCUCUGAAGGAGGCCGACCUGGUUAUUUUGGCUGGAGCGGUGUGUGACUUUAGGCUGAGCUACGGGCGUGUGUUGUCGAGGAAGAGCAAGAUUGUUUGUGUGAACCGAGACAAGACCCAGCUGUUGAAGAAUUCUGACAUGUUUUGGAAACCGACGUUGGCGGUCCAGUCGGACGUGGCCAGCUUCAUCACGUCGGUGGUGUCCGGCCUCAAGGGCUACAAGUGCGACCCGGAGUGGGUCAGUCUGCUCCGCUCCCGCGAUCAGGAGAAAGAGGAAGCCAAUCUGGCCAAGUGCGAGGAAGUGACGGACGUACACCUGAACCCGCUGAAGGUCCUUCACACCCUGGAGGAUGUCCUCUCCGACGACGCUGUCCUCGUGGCAGAUGGCGGGGACUUUGUGGCCACGGCCGCUUACGUCCUCAGGCCCAGAGGCCCUCUUCGGUGGCUGGACCCUGGUGCGUUUGGAACCCUUGGGGUUGGCGGAGGCUUCGCUCUGGGAGCUAAACUGUGCCGUCCGGAAUCCGAUGUCUGGAUUAUUUAUGGCGACGGUUCUUUGGGCUACAGUCUCAUAGAAUUCGACACUUACACCAGACAUAAGACUCCAAUCUUGGCUCUGGUCGGCAACGAUGCGUCCUGGCAACAGAUUGCUCGUGAGCAGGUGCCCAUGUUUGGCAGUGCGGUGUCUUGUCAACUUGCAUUCUGCGACUACGAAGCUUCAGCGGAAGGCCUCGGAGGCAAAGGCAUGCGCCUGGAUCGCACCAACGAAGACGAGAUUGAAAAGGUGCUGCGCAGCGCGGUGGAAGAGUCUCGCAAGGGCAAGAGCGUGCUCAUCAAUACCCUGAUCGGCAAGACAAACUUCCGCGAUGGCAGCCUGUCUGUGUAGAUUUUGUUAUCUCGGUUGUUGUUUGUUUGUUUGUUUGGCUCCGAUGAUUUUGCUGGGGAUGCUCACUAUUUGAACAGGUGCUUUAUGGAAACUUGUGUGUGUGUGGAUGGUCUUUGCGCCUUUGUAAUUUUCUGAUGGUGCCUGUUAGAAAAAUAUGGGUAUGAAUAUGCGA